UUACCAUACAUCCUAAACCCUAAUUUCACCUCCUAAAUAUUAAACCCUAAACUCUAAUCACUAAAUUGUAAAUUUAAUUUUUUUUAUUAUUUAAUGAAUUUUAUUUGAAGAUUUUUUCUUUGUGCUAUCUUUUGUUUUUGUUUUUUCGGUUGUCUUUUUUCUUAAUUUGUUGCUCUAUUUUACAUCGUAUCACAGGGAUAAGGUGUGGACGUGGUGGUGGGAGAAGAGGAGGAGGUGGCUAUGGUGGUUCCCGUGAAGAUGUGGACAUUCUAGUGGAGGAAGAGGCUGCCAUGAAAAAUUAGGGGAAAUGGGGUCACUUUAGAAAAUGUUUUUUUGUUGGUCUAAGCACUUUAGAAAACAUUGGGAACUUUUUUUAUACAUAUAGAGAAUUUUGGAAUAUUUUGGACUUGAAAUGUAUUUGUCUGAUGUCUCAAUCAGAGAAACAUAAUUUGCUUACAUUGAUGAUAUAAACUUUUUUUUUAUUAUAACUGAUAACAGGUUAAAAUAUAGAUAUUAAUCAUUGUUCAUGAAUUUCUAUUAACUAUUAUGUGAUGUUAAGUGAUUAUUCCUAAAUAUUUAUAUAACAUUUUCUUUGAUAUAGUAGUAUGACCGCUGAAUCAUAAUAAAACUAUUAAAAAGUUAAAUUGGGGAUAGAUAUUACAAAAAAAAAAUUGGUUUUAAUAUGUUUAUAUAAUAUUCUUCCACCUGAAAAAAGCUGCGAUUUUUGGAAUAUAGUUUUUUAAUAUAAUAACUUAACUGGUAAUAAGUUUUGUAUUUAAUUUUUUUUAGUCGUAUGAAAAAUAUAUAAAUAUAUUUGUAAUUUUUUUUGUAUUUAAAAAUUUUGUACGUAAAAUGAAACAUCAUUUUUUUUAACAUCAAUUUUAUUAAAUAUUAAGAAGAGUUUACAUAGUCAUUAUGCAGUAGAGAUGAUACUGAUCUAUGGAUGUAAUAAUAAUAUUCAAAUAAAUUCAAUGUAUCUAUUUUGGCUAACUUGUCUGCCACUCCAUUGCCAUCUCUGUUUAUCCAAUUGAAUUCGACCUCUUGGAUUUUUCCUGCUCCACCAUCUUGCUUCUCUAACCCAGUUAUAUAAACCAAACUGCAAUUUCCUUGAUUGUAAGUUAUCAAUCAUUUUCUUGUUAUCACCUUCGAAGAUCACCUUAGUAUAGCCUUUUAUCCAACAUUGUUGCAUAGCUACUAUUAGUGCAUUAUAUUCCGCUUCCAACAGUGAUGAGACUCUAUUUCAUUUCGCAUGCCCUGCUCCUCUAUAUUCACCAUAUUCACCACGUAUCACCCAUCCCAUCUUACAUUGGGUUAUAGUUGAAGUAACAUAAAUUGUAAAAAUUAUGAAGCAAUUGUAAGACAUACUAAAUAAUAUAAAUUGUCAUAAAAAUUGAAAUCAUAUUUAGUUUUAUAUUGAAAAUCUACUCUAUUAAAAUAGAGUCCUAAAUUUAUCUACCAUAAAAGUUUUCAUUUAAGUUUUGGCAUGUUUGAAGUUUGUUAGGAAGCUACUUAAUUUAUGGACCAUAACAAGUUAAUUACAUUAUUAUUAGUAGAUAUAUCACAAACUUUUAUCUCCUAUUAAACCAACUACAUCUAUUAACCCAUCAUCUACUCUAUUAAAUGUAAACCAAUAUAACCAUACGAUUUAAUUUAAAUCAUGAAUCGUGAACCCAACAUCUACUCUAUUAAAUGUAAACCAAUAUAACCAUAGAAUUUAAUUUAAAUCAUGAACCAGUGUUAUAUACAAUUACAAUAAACCAACUAUGUACUCUAUCUACUCUAUUAAAAUAGAGUUCUAUUUAAAUUUUAUCAUGGCAUAUUUUUAAUUUGGACUUAUUGAGCAGGUUGUGACCAAAUAUAAAAACAAACUAAUAUAUACAAUUUGAUGUGGUAACUGGUAUAUUUAUAUUAAACCAAUUAUGGUUUUGAUUAAUAUUUGAAUAACAAACCAUAUUUUUUAAUCUGAACCAAACAAAUACGGUUUGAAUUAACUCGAGAAAAAUCAAUUGAACUUAUUAAAAUCUCAUCUAAUAGAUGGAUUGGUUAUUGUUGCUCCACGUUUUGAAACCUAUAGGUUAAGUGAUCAAUAUGGUCAACUUCCAUGGAUUAAUUAUGAACUCAAAAAUCAUGAUCUAUAAAUUGUUUUUGACCAAUUAGAUUAUAAUUAACAUCGACUUCUUCUUCUUAACCAUGUCAAACAUUUUAUACCCAAAUCUCUAUUAUACACCCAAACACAACAUCAACGUGUUAUUCCGCGAUGGUAUAUUCCUUAGAAAAUAUAGCAUGCAAAAACACAUAUUUCAACAAUAUCAUUCUAGAUAGUUUUAGAUAUAUUUUUAUGUAUUCGAAAUUCAAAAUCUAUUUUAAAAAUAUAGAACAUGGCACUGAAAAAAUAUUUCCCUAAUUCUAUGCAUGUUUAAUUUUAAUUUACCAGCUUCCAUUGAUACCAAAUAUUUGAUUUUCGUAACAAUAUCAAAACAAUAUAUACAAUAUUUUAAAUUUAUGCUAUAAUCCCGGGUUGGAAUGAAUAUUCGGUAAUUUUGAUAAUAGCUUCUAUUUUCAAAAUUUUGUGGUUCUAAACAUCGACACCAAAUUAAGACUACUAUUAUAUAAUUAAUACAAAACAAACAUCAUAUAUUAUAAAUAAAAAUUCAAAAAAAAAAAUCCGUGCAAUCCCACAGACACUAUAAAUAAAGUAUAACUGCAAAAUUAGAUGAGCCAAACAAAAAACUAAAAUAAUGAAACUCAAAUUCAUAAAUAACCGAACUAUUACUAUAUUUUUUGAACCAAAAUCAAAAUCCAUAACUGAACCGGAACUAAACCGAAAAAUAAAACAAUAAUUUAACGUGAAUCAAAAUUUAUUAAAUAUCAUCAAUCUUCAUAAAAUUUUAGUUUUAAAACGUAAUUUAUAAAUACAAAUAUAAGUAAUCCCGCACAACAGUGCGGGUCUGAAUCUAGUACUAUCUUAAAUCGAAACAAAAUUUGUUGGAUAAACAUCACUUGUAUGACUUUUUCUAAAGAAGAAUAUUUGUUUUCGAAAACUGAUACAACUUGUAUUUUUUAUCAGUAAGCACCUGCCCCAGAUACCAGGCCUACCUUAUCAAAUGAGAUAUGCGUGUGGUAUACCGUAUAUGCUUGUGGUAUAUGCUAACGAAAUGAGAUUCCUGAUUACAUGUCGUACGGGUUGUACGGCGUCUUAGAACACUUAAAAAUUACUUGUAAUAUAGUUUGUUACCUUUGAUGUGACAACAUAGAUUUAUUUGUUUAUUUGGUUGGUUAAUACUAUCUCUUUAUAUAUGUGUUGCAGGUCAAUCAUAUUCCACAUAUAUUUCAGGACAAUACCAACCAAAAAAGCUUCAACAGAAAAAGCUAAAAAAAAUUGUCUUUAAUCAAGCAAAAAUGUGUGCAUUGGGCUCUCCAUUGUUCCCAAACUUUGGGUGGGAGUCAACGGAAGAGUACGAGAGCUACAACAUUGUCGGAGAUAACAAUAGCAAAGAGUUUCUUGACUUUCAGGUACCGAAGACGUAUGGAAUGGUUCAUCGCCAGACCAGCUUAGGGGUUACUUUUUCGUCGGAGGUAAAUGGAAUAGACAACAAUUCGAUCGUUAUCAAGAAGCUUAUUCACAAUGCUAAUGAGCGUAACCGUCGCAAGAAAACCAACUCUUUGUUCUCAGCUCUUCGUUCAUGUCUUCCAGGCUCUGAUGAGCGGCUAAGUAAUCCUCAGACGAUUUCGCGGAGCAUGCAAUACAUACCGGAGCUGAAAGAGCAAGUGAAGAAGCUAACACAAAAGAAGGAAAACCUCUUGUUGCUAAUAUCGCGUCAAAGAGAACGUUACGCUAUGCCGCAGCCAAAGGUGGUUUGUAGUUAUGUCUCCACCGUUUUUGCGACGGAGCUUAGAGACAACGAAGUGAUGGUCCACAUCUCAUCGUCCAAGAAUCAUAAUUUUUCGAUAUAUAAUGUACUGAGUGGACUAGAAGAAGAUGGGUUUGUUCUCGUGGAUGUUUCAUCUUCAAAUCCUCGCGGAGAACGACUCUUCUAUACUUUGCAUCUUCAAGUGGACAAGAUUGAUAAUUACAAGCCAAUUUGCGAAGAGUUAAGUCAAAGAGUUUUGUUCUUGUAUGAGCAAUGUGGAAACUCGAUUAAAUGAUAUUUGUUCUUGUUUUGAAACUUUUAUAUAAGGCUGUUGCACUUCCAUUUGGUUCACGCGCCCGCAAACGAGCACCAUAUCGUAGAUAAUUUAAAUUUAUUAAAUGAUGAAUUUUAAAGCUAAAUUUAGAAAAAAUAAAUAAUUAUACAUUUCAGCUGACAAAAAAAAUUAUAGAUUUAUUUGAUAAAACUAAACAUUAAAGAUUUGAUAAUAUUUAUUUGAUUAAACUAAAACUUAUAUAUAAGUUAAUGUUUAAAUAAUUAAUACAAAAAGUGUUUGGUGUAGCAGUUAGUAUGUUCUUAUGUGUCCAUCAGUGUGAGAGUUCGAACCUCCCAAAAAAAUAAAUUUUUUGUUUUACAAAAUUUAUCCAAAAUGACGUUGUUUUGAUAAAUUAAUAACGGGUUUGACGGUCAAUGUAUAUAAUGAUGAUUUUGAGAGUUUAUCAAAUAAUUUUUAAUUUUACAAAAUUUAUCCAAAAUAACAUCGUUUAUUAACACCUUUGAUGAUUAUAUAUAUAUAUAUAUAUAUAAGUACGAUUUUGAGAGGUCAUGUAGUAUGGUAUGGAAUAUGCACGAUUAGUAUUUUUUAAAUUUUGUUAAUUCAGUAUAAAAUACACACUACUACAAAAUCCAGAAAGAAAUAGGCACAACGCGUAAAGUUUAGGUUGAAAUAGACCCUUUUACCAGGUAUAAUGAGAUGCAAUACAAUGCAAUGUUGACAAAUAAUAAUUAGAAAUGAAUAUUUUUAUUAUAAAAACUUAGUUAUUGAUAUUUAUUUAUUAGUAAUAUUAAGGAUUUUUAUAGAAAAUAAUACUUUCAAGAAUUAAAAGAUAAAACGCAAAAAUAAAAUAAAAUUGAGGAUUAAUGUUGGAGCACAUCCCCUGAGGGUGGUUCUCCCUCAAAAUUUAAGACUAAUGUUCUAUUUCAUUUUGGUGCUGAUAGAUAAAAUUUUCUUAGAAAGACGUCUUUUGGUUUGGGAUAUGGAUGAAAACAAAAAAGUAUUAACUGUGAAAUGAGUUUAUAGGAUAUUAGAAGUACAAUGAGUUUGCAAACUUCAGUUCUGUAAUCUCACAGAAUCAGAUCAGACACACCCAAACAAUGUCUUUUUUUUUCCUAUACACAUUACAGGAAAAAAAAAACAAU